CCAACCCCACCUUCCGCAACGACCCACACAGAUAGGACUCGCCGGCUGCUUCGCCGUCCCCUCGCCGUCGCGUCGCGCACAGGCUCUGAAACCCUACGCACCAAAACCGGCCACUCCCAAUGGCGGCCGCGACGGCGACCGCUGCCGCACCGGCCGUGUUCGCCCCGGCGCUCGUCUCUCCCCUAUCGCGCCGCGCCUUCUUCCCGCUCCCCCGUCGCGCCGGCCAGCCCGCCAUCCCUCGGUCGCCGCGGCUCUUGGCGUCGGCGUCCCCGAGGAGAUGCGGGGUGGCCGUGAAUGCGGCGGCGGCAGGGGCCGCUGACUUCAGCGACGAUGAGAGCUCUUAUGAGAUUCUGGGCAUUACCCCACUCGAUAGCUUCGACAACAUGAAGCUAGCAUACAAGAGGAAGCGCAAGGAAGCAGAGGAGACAGGAGAUGAGGACUUCUUGGCCAAGCUGGAGAAAGCGUAUGACACUGUGAUGAUGCAGCAGCUGCAGUAUAGGAAGAAGGGGGUCACAUAUGGAUCGGUUCAGGUAUCAAAGGAUAUCAAGUACGCUGACAAUCAACCAAUAGUUCCUUGGGGACCUAGACCCUCCAAAUCAGCAGUACAGGAUGUGCGCAUAAAUAUGGCAAUAUCAGCAGCAAUUGUUGUUUGCAUUGCUAUCAUCGGUAAUGCAGACUGGAAGCCUUUGCAGUUCUUGUGUUUUGCUUUCUUCUACAGAAUACUUCAGAAGCUGAGGGUUACUGAGCCACCAAUAACUCCAAUAUAUAAUGAGUAUGGUGAGGUUGAGGGAAGAGGGGUACGAAUGGCAAAACGUGUAUUCCGCGCUUUGGGUUUGAUAUUUGGAUGUGUAUUCGCUGCGUCCCUGGGUUAUACAAUAGCUCUUAACUUGGUUGAGUUAUCUUGGCAGCAGACUCCCCGUAUUGUUUAUUACUACCAGGAGUUGAUUGUUACAGCAGCUGCCUCUGUUCUGCUGUGCAUCACGGCUUCGUACUACCGGUAAACAGUACUGGAGGAAUUAUAUCAUGGCUUAGAAAACCUUUGGAUGUUAGGACGAGGUGGGCAGCUUUCGGUGAGAGACUCCACACUUGUGUAGUGGUGCCACAUUAGGGAAAAGCCAAGACGCGGACACAAAUUUUUGAAAUAUACGUACUUGUGCCAGCAUUUGAGGUAGAGAAUUUUGGGUGCCUGCUUUUGUUUGAACAAUUGUGGAACUUACUGUGCAAAAGGCGAUGACUGGUGAACAUAUUUUGUGUGCAUAUCUAGCGCUGUAAUGUAUGAAGUUGAAAACAUAUCUGAUUCUUAUCCGUAUGAAGACUGAUGGGUCCUUUUAA